ACCCUGUAAUUUUGCCUAAAAACAAAAAUCCCUAAUCAAAACCCCAUUCAGAAUCUAUGCCAAUUUCUUGCCCCAAUUUUCCUCGAAUUUAUUAUUACACAUCGCCAUGUCACCAGCUUCUACGGCAAUCUUACUAAACUCACCUCCAAUUUCUGACCAAUUUCAUAACUUUCGUAUUAUUCAUAGAAACACAAAAUCACCCUUUUAUACUAGUUUGAAAAAAUCUAAAAUUGUUUAUAAAAAAAAUUCUGUUAGAAUCAAGAAACUGAUGGCAGCUGAGUCCCUUGAGAUGGGUUUUGGGGAUGAAAGUAUUUCUCCUUUGGAACAGGAAGCUUUGAUUGAUAAUAGUAAUAAUAAUGGUGGUGUAUCAUUUCAUCAAACAGUUGGUGGGCUUCAUGUUCUUCUUAAUAAGUUGAGUAAAUGGGUUGUUGCUGUAACUUUUGGUGGAUUGAUUCUAGUGAGGCAUGAUGUUCUUGCAUUAUGGGCUGCAAUGGGGUCUGUUUUAAAUGUUAUGUUAUCAGUGGCUUUAAAAAAAAUUUUGAAACAAGAACGGCCUGUUUCUGGAGGGACGUCAGGCCAUGGAAUGCCAUCGUCAAAAGAUCGAUAUGGAAUGCCAUCUUCCCAUGCCCAGUCAAUCUUUUUUACUCUUGUGUUUUGGAUUAUAUCAGUGGUUAAAUGGCAUGGAUUGAAUGGGGUUACAGCUUCCUUUGGCUUGCUUUUUGUAGCACUUGGUUCUUAUUUUUCAUGGCUACGAUCAUAUCUACGUUAUCACAGUACCAGUCAAGUAAUAGUUGGUGCAGUCGUGGGUUCGAGUUUUUCACUAUUAUGGCUUUGGGCAUGGGAAGCAAUUGUUCAUACGACAUAUAACUCUAAUUUGUGGGCUCGCAUCCUUGUUCUUGUUGGAGCUACUAUUUCAUGUGUAGGAUUCUUUUUGCAUAUUAUCCAACAUUGGAUUAAAGGUGAAGAUUGAUUGUCUUUUCUGCAUUUCUUGAUAGGUCUAAAUGAUCCAAAAGGAUAGUUGCACAUUGUAGACAACUUGGCCUCAUCAAAACCACAAUAACUUUCAUUAUUUAUGUAGAUGUUUCAUUGUGGGUUCUUCAUUUUUUUAAAGUAAUUAUAGAAAAUCACCAUCCAUUUAUGUAAUAUCUUACUGUUUUCUUAUACUAAAUGACUUCAACUGUUAAUGAACUUGAUCUGAUUUGACACAA